AUGUCGGCAACUCAGAAAAUCGCAGUGCACUCGCUGCCAGAUCUCAAGAGCACAACAGACGAUGCCCUCCCCAAUUACCUCAACAGCCUCAAGUUCAAGCAAAUCCACACAAGCACCGACAUACGAUUAGUCCUCGGCUACACAGCCGUCACCAUCGCAGGCGCCCUCUUCUACUACGACUGGAAAUUCGGCUGGGAAGCCAGCAAGCCCUUCACUCUCCCCGCCGUAGUCGCCUACUUCGUGCUCAACAGCAUCUUCACCUACUGGCUCUGGUUUGUAGAAAAGGGCCUCGUGUACGAGGGCGAGGGCAAAACAGGCAAGCUUCGAAUAUCGUCGUGGACAAAGAAACACAUUCCCAUCUACGAAUGCGACGUCGUAUUCACACCUGCCCCGUACGCUUCGAAUCCUAAGCAGACGCUGCAUAUUCGCGCGCCAAUGACGCGCUGGUUCACAGAAGAUGGUUACUUUGUUGCAAAGCCUUUCCAGCAGUGGCUCGCGUCGGAGAUCCCGGUCGUUGGCGCUGCGGACCCGAAUAAUGUGGUUGAGGAGAUUGGUAGGGGAAGUGCGAAUAUGGACACGACAUUGAACCUGAACAGCUCCAAUGCCGUUGACAUUCUGCAGCAGCUCAAGGCUAGCGGGGCCAAAUUCGCGAGCGGCGAGGCCCAGAGACGGAGGUAG